GGUGAUGGUCACACACAUGCACUAAAUAUUAAAAUAUUUGGCUGCAAGACUGAAAUAUGCAUCAAUCUCAUAUAAUGUUGACACCUCUUUUGUGGAGUUAAACAAUGAGAAUAAAUGCAGACAAAAAAGACAAGAAAACAAUUGGAAAAAAAGAACAAGAUGGUUAAAAAAGACUGCAUAUCAGAGACAAUAAGCAAGUAAAAGUCAAAAGCAAUGAUAGUAAUUUAAAACUUUAAACCUUAAAAAUUGUAAAAAUGUAGCGUUUUUUUCUUUCUCUCUUUUUGUUUUUCGAAUUAAAUUUUUAAACGAAAAAACGAAAAGACAAAGCGAUUUUUUUUCUCAUUUUAUUUUGAAACGGAAAAACGAAUGAGCGAACCAUACACGGAUUAUUUACACAUUAUUUUGUUUUGAGUUUAUGACAUCAUUUUGUUAAAUGCAGCUUUUAACUGGGUUUUAAAACAGAGUUGAUUUUAUUUUGAAUAUUUAGAUUAGUCGCCAUUUGACCAAUCAAACCGCAGCGUUGCUUGUGACGUCAACGCGCAGUGUUUCCGGAAAAGUGGCCGUCGGUUUUCUGACCAAUUAAGCAAACUUUUCUCCAUUUCAAAAUUUAAAAAACUGUAUUUUUGCGAUUUCGUAACUGAAUUCAGGACACUUGCACCAUUAGGGAGGCUUCAGAGAUCUGUCCACCUGUUUAGGACUCAAGGUUGAAGUUUGUUCUGCCAGGUAAUGGACGUAGUUCGGAUUCUGCAGUAUGUCAUCCUCUUUGAUGCUGAUGAAGACUUCACACCAUGUUGGCAGUUCUAACAGAUCAAGCUGCAGCUGCCAUGACGAUACAACAAGGCAGAAGUUUCCACUGUGUAGGUGGAUGCGUGGGAGGCAGGCGGAGGAGGGGUUUCCUCUGAGGUUGGCAUCCCCGAACACAGAAAAAAGCACAGAGAAAAGAAAAGGACUUCCCCGGGCGCCUGAUGCUGAACUGAACCUCGGUGGGAUUUCUGCUCCCUGACAGACGUCGGUUUGGUUUCUACAUCAGAACCAGAGAGUCUACGAGAUGAGGCUUGUUUGAGGGCAGCGACAACAGGGUACAUCACACGAAGAAAGAAAGACCAAAAACCCAGUCAGAGACGGUGGUGGACAACGAGUGCUAAAUUCACCAACAGAGGGCGAUACAAAGCAGAGAUUGCAGAGCAGAGUGCGGUGAAAACUCCACCUACCAACGGAGGUGGAGUCUAAAGGACAAUUUCAGCAGAGCGAACAGAACACCUAGAUUAGUAGGACCUGAACAGAAGAAGAGGAACGGAGGGAACCUCAGAGCGAACAAAAGACCUGUCUGAAGAUUGUUUUCGUCCUCUGAUGCAGUUUUGUGCUCGGAAGAGACGGAUUAUUUCAAGCAUUACUGAGCUCAAACUCCAGGAUUAAUUUGUGCAUUUCAGGAAUCUUUGGCUCCUUUUGGAAAUCUCCUUAUUUCUAUUAACUGGAACAUUUACCGGAGGACGCGGGGAUGUGCUGCCACUGACAUGCACUGUCCGUCCAGACCGCCAAAUCCGUCCCAUGGCUCGGCCGCAGUAGCAGCUACAGAGGGCGGCGGAGCAGAUCCAGAACCCGUCGGUGCAGCUGGGGUCUCGGCGAAAACAUCCCGUUUGAACUCCACCGGAGGAGAGCCGGACUCCCCGUCCUGGUCCAGAGCGCAGGCCAGCCUAGGCGUGUUUCAGACCAGGUCGAUUUUUCACCUCCCUCGCCGCUCCUCCAGUGGCUAUUUCUCCGCCGAUGGUGCCGACUCGGUGCCGAGCUCCCCGCUCUCACCGAAGCGACUGACGGCUGACAAAGCCACGCAGACUCCGAGCCCGAGCGGCCAGGUGAUCAAACACGCGCUGGAGCGCAUGACCGAUGAGGCGCACGGAGGAGGACCGGGAACGCAGCAGCACGGACUCUCCCUCAACCCCUCUAGCAUUUGGCGGAGAAACGCAGCAGGGGUCAUGCGUGAAGAGGCGUUCGGACGAGAGCUCCAACGUAUUGGAGAUGAGUACAACAGGCUUGUCCUGCAACGGAGGGCGGCAGGCAGACGUCCUGGGAUUUAUCUCAACUUGAUCCCAAACAUCCACCAGGAGCCCGUCACUGUGCUCUGCGUCGGCUUCCUGCUCCUCCUGCUGGGACGGAUAAUAUACUUGCAAGGCAGUACGAACAGCCAGGAUCACUCUCAGGUUUAGCCUUUGGAAAACCCAGCAGACGUAGCAAUGUUCUGAAAUAUGUAUGUUUUUGGAUCUGUCCAGUCUAGAUGCUUCUUUUUCGUUUUUGGGACCUUUAUUUCUCCCGCUUUCCCGGCCGACUUUGGACUUUUGGUUUUUGGAAGGAAUUCUAAAAUGCUGGGAUUUGAGUUUUUGCACCGCUGUUUUUCCUUCACGGCCUCUGAGCCUUUGUGAUACAACCAAAGAGGCGAGAUUUUGCACUCCUUUUUUAGCGUGGGGGCGGUCGUGUCACCUAAAUAUGCCUCCGCAAAAUGACGCCUGUGGAAAUUCAAAUGUGCCUUGUACAGUUUCUUGUUUACUUUUCUAGCUUCUUUGUAAGGUUUUUGUUGUACAGAGAUUAUGAGUCCCCCGGGUGAUCAACUCCGCAGACCCAGGGUUGUUAAAUUAUGUGGGUCCAGUCUGCAAAGUUUCCCUCUGACGGUUUCACAUCACAACUGCACUCAAGUCAGGUUUGAAUCCAGCUUGCAACAGACUCAUGACCUGUGUGGGAACCUACUGGACCAAAGUUUGCGUUAUUAUCCGACGUUUUUACCACAGUGUUCCCAAACUACUCUACAUUUUGUUACCAUGAAAUGCAUAUCUGCUUAUGCCUGCUUUGUAAAUUGAUGUGAAUUAUCUGCACACCAGCGUUUUUAGCCACAGAAAUGCAAAAAGUCCUGCUAAUUUGGGUAUUAUUUAACACAGGUAUUUGCUCAAGAGAUCAUGGAAUGACAUGGAUUUUGCUUGUACAGCUAAAGUUCCACAGAAAUAAGUAGAUGCACCAAGCCUGUAGGGUUUUUAAAUACAUUUCUUUGAAUUUGUGUUGGUUUUAAAAUCAUAUAUAUGAUAGAAAAUGCACCCUUUAUCCCUGUAUUUCUUGAUUUCUAUGCACCAUGUUAAACACCAUUUGGUACACAGUAGACAGUAUGACCGGUUAAUGCCUAAACUCAACCUGCCUAAGCAGAUUUUCCAGAUUUUCAUUCAGUUAACCAUUUAAAAAACUCCUAUCUCAUGAAUAGUAAGUCAUUACCAACCUACUGUAGUUACAGUAACAUCAGAAUUGGUUUUACCUCCAAAUACUACCUAUUUAUAUGGAUAUCUGAAAGCAUUAACAGGUUCCAUCUUUGCUCAAGUUGUGUUCAGCAUUAAAAUGAAGAUUUUGCACGUUAAAAACCAAAAGCAGGAGCUGAUUGCUCCGCUUGUUAAUGCAAUAAUAACCUUUGAGUAACUGUUACUAAGCUUCCCAAUCAGCAGAGUGAUGUAGAUGAACAAAAUCAACAGCAAAACCACGUCAGUCAUUCAAACCAGUAAGUAGUGUCAUUUCUCUCUGUCUUGUUUACUCAUUCUGCAACUCAUUGACAUUAAUAUUCAAAGAGUUUUCCUACAAUAACUGAUCAAGCCGUACUGUCUUCUGCUGGUCUUUGUUUGAGCUUCUGGUUUUGCCAUCAGCAGCCAGAGUGAAUGUAGGCGGCAAGUAGUUUGUUGACCAGGUCACGUUAUCCGUUUAUGAGCUCAGUGAUUCAGACCCGGCCAAGUCUCCUCACGCCUGCCAGGUCAUUAAACACUCAGAUUUCUGGACACAAACCAAACACUGAAUAAUGCAGUCAAAGAGGCGUUUGUCACUCGCUGGUUAGCCAACAGUAACACAGCAAACAGUGGCGAUACAGGGUUCACAUUAAGCCCAGUUUUUCUUAUCUUUGAGCUCUUUAUGCUCGUUGAACUCUCUUGUGUAAGAAAUUACCAGAAGUAGGCCAGUUUUGUCAUGAUUACUAAAAUACAUGUUACACCUGAUUAAACCUGAACUGCAGCAAUGACAGAAAGAUAAAGAGCUCAGUACAUUCUGGAAACCUUUUAUGCAACAACAAAAAAAUGAAAUAAUUGUUCAUUUGUAUGCACAAAUAUCUGUAUGUUUUCUGAUUUGGAGAUACAUAACUUCACUUUGUCAACCUUAAACGAUGUUCGCUUUUUGAAUGUACUGUUGUAGAUGAAAAUCAUACGAGAAAAGAUUCAACUAAAGCAUUUCAUACGACCAAGAGUGCAUUUACAACAUGAGAACCUGGGGAAUCAACUGUGUGCUUGAGUUUAUUGGAGAUGGAGAAGUUAAUAAAAUGUUCGUUAAGCAAAUUGAGCAGCCACUGAAGUCUUUUUAAGAAUUGGAAAUUCUUCGGCAAAGAAUAUAUCUUACCUUUUUUUUCUUCGUCUAGGUUUUGAUUUUUUACGACACGUGGUUCCCACUGUUCUCCUUUGUGGCCACAGGGGGCAGUAAUGAGAUUGUGACUUUUUAAAUUGAGAAAAAGGACUCAAGAGAUGAAAAAAUGAACUUCCCCACCUCCCUUAAGUAAAAAUGCACAACAUGUUCCUCGAUCUUUGCCGUGUAACUAAACAUUUUUAAAGUCCAUGAAUAAUAUGAACAUUGACCAAAGAGAACUGUGCAAAAGUCUUGUUUUCUGGGUUGUUUUAGGUGGUACAAGUGGAAUUCUGUGCCAUUAUUAUGUGUUUCUUUCAUUGGUUCCAAUAAUUACAAAAUCACAUCAGAUAAACAGUUUCUGUUUCAACCCAACUGGAAAAAAAAUGUGAAUGUAAUUUGUCAUUUUAUGGUCAUAAAAUAUUUCCAUCGCUGUUGCUGAACUCCCUGUGAGGUUAACCAGACAAGAACUGUAAAUGGAAGCCUGUUGUAACACAAUCAAUAAUCAAACAUACGUUACCGUGCUUGGAUGUUUGCACAGUUGUGUCAACAGCGACGCAGCAGCGAUUAAGAGCGAUCCCUCCAUUCAUCACCCCUGCAGAAGCAUUUCAGCUCCUCCGUCAUCUGUGUAAUCUCAUGUUUUAACGGUGUUAAAGUAUCUGCUCGGUCGCAACAGUUUCAUUUUCAGACUUCUUCCUGCGAUGAUGUGAUGGAUUAGGGUGUUGACGUUUGUUCACGGAGGAAUAAUGUACAGAUUUGGGGGAUUACUGGCAGCAGAUAAAGUGAGCGGAGAUCCUUAAAAAUGAUCCAUCUCUGACAGCAGUGUUACAUAAGUCACGUGUCGAGUCAUAAAUGCCGCCAGUACGGCUUAAUGGAUGGAUACAUACCAUGAAAAACACAAAAUGACCACUAAGAGAUGUAAAAAUAACUAAAAAGAGACUUCACCCACCCACAAAGCUCAAUUUAGUAUUUCCAGCAGCCAUAUGUGCCCCUCCUGUAAAAAAAAACAAAAAAACACCACAAUCCAAAGAGUUAAACUUGUGUCAUCAUAUCCAGGUUUAUUUUCGACCACGCUGUAUCACACUACUCUCUGUUUCUGUAUGUCUUAUCCUUCACAUAUCAUGCAACUUUCCUCCGCUGUGACACUGAGAGCUGUGACUGCACGCUGACUUUCUGAUAUUGUGCCAUGUGAAACCUACAACCUCAUUUUGAAGUACUGUAUUACAGCCGGAGUGUGAGAGGAGAGAGAUGGCAGGGGAGGAAACCGAGAGGUGAAUUACCAACUUCUGAAACUGAUAUGGAAACCUGGUGAUGUGCUCGAUCCCCGCCUGUCGUUUGGAGGUGUUAGAGCUCAGCAACACUUGUGGGACAUUCAGGGUUUUACUGACUCGCAUCAACACUGCUGGAGCUGCUUUAGCAAAAUGCCAUUUUGUAUUUGUUUGGGCUUUUAGCGUCGGUAAAACAGGAGCAUCAUUCAAAGUCGAUUUUCUACCAUCAUGUGGGAAAGUGAGUUGGAAAUUAUUGGCUUUUUUUGAAACGUUUAAAUAAGCUAAUGCUUGAUUUUCUGUGACACAGAGUCUGCAUGUUAAGGAGUAUUAACUUUAAAGAGAAAAAAACAAAUGUUCUGCUCUUAUUAGCAGUAAUAACUCCUUGUCCACCAGUUUCUCAUGGUGACUUGCUGAAUUUUUGACCACUCAUCCUGCAAAACUGAAAGAUGUUUGAGGGUUGUAUUGUUCCUUGUUUCCCCUCACAACAUCUCAAAUUUGGGAUGCAAACUUUAGCUGUUACUGGACCACUUAGUAAAUUUAAUUUCCUCUUUCUGAGCCAUUUCUAGACAGAUUUUGUGGCGUGUUUAAGGUCAUUAUCCCGCUGAAAAAUCCCCUUCAGCUUAUGGAUUCACAAUAUUUUGAUAAGAUGCAGACGAACUGCAACUCUAAAACAUGGCGUUUCCGGUUCUUCUCCUCUAAAGCUGCCAAACAUGCCGACUGUUACUGUGUUUAAGCCGCUCUAUCUGUGAUCCGUGGUCCAGACUUUAUUGUUGUCUUUACCUGCAGUGUGUUGUGUUAUUUUUGAACAGAAAGGCCCUUUUUCCUGAUAUGCCUAACAAACAAAUUGUGCAAUAUCUUUGUGAUUGUAGACGCGUGCACUUGGACACCAACACUUGCAGAUUCACCUGUAGAUCCUGUGAUUAGAUUCUGGUGUUUUUGGACAUUUUUUUUGUAAGGAACAGCCUCCCUUUGAAUGAAUUUUCUGGAGUGAGUCAUUUUUAAUCUGAUCUAAAUCUCCUGCUAGACAUCCACAACAGUUUUUUUCCCCCUGGAAGGCCAAACAUGUCGAUAGAAAAGAGAGCAGCAGAGGGUUGAAUUUGGUACUUUGCACUUUUCACCCCACAAAUUGUGAUAAAUACAGAGUUGUUAAAAAAUGUAUUCCAAUUCUCAAAGCGACACAAAAUGUCACCUUUAUGUCCUGUGUUUAAGUAAAGCCACUGUUUCUAAGAGAAUUAUGUUUGCAAAUGUAUCAAAAAGCCAACAAUUUAUUCUAUAAUCACUUUUCCACAUGAUCGUUUUAGCAGGAAAAUCUAAAGAAAAGUUUGAACUGUUAAAUAUGUAAACACAUGAAGGGGAGCCAGAGACACUGUGGUGUGUUGUGCUUUCGCUGCCAAUGUUGUAUAAAGAAACUCGUGUUGGAGUCAGUUUGUGCAGAAACUGAAACAAACUAACCCAAACGACUCCAAGUGACCCAGUACAACUGUAGCAACAUGUCCUUUUUUUUUGUUUAUAAUGUUAUUGUACACUGAAAAUAUUGUAAUAAUGAAUUAAUAAUGAAUGGCUUCUGAUUGCUGUAAAAUGCUUUAACAUCUUUUUACAUUAAACAGAAUAAACAGUU